AUGAAGUCCUUUUACAAGGACAAUCGCAUAGUCCCUGUGGGGAUUAUGCUAUUGACCUUGAUCAUAUUUUUCUAUCAUUUCGAACUAGAUCGUCCCGAUCCACAGGAAGAGUUGGAGAUUCCCGCACAAAAAGUGCCAACUACAUUCAUCGUUGAGACUUCACAACAGAAAAGCUCUGAUAAUGAUUUGACCGAAUUACAAGAUGAAGUCGCUGAAGUGAAGACUGCCAGCGAUGUCGUCCCUUCAACUGCUCCAUCUGCCAAUCCAAAGGUCUCCAGUGAUUCCCUACAACAGUCUGAGGGAUUGACAACAGACGAUGUAGUUCUCAUGUUCAAGACAGGGGCCACAGUCUUGUGGAAACGUGUUCCUAUUCACAUGGCUACAAGUUUCUCUGCAAAUCGCAUCAAGCCGGAAAACAUCCAAAUCUACUCUGACCACUCGGAAACUAUUGGCCAGUGGGAGAUCAUUGACAUCCUAGCAAACUCUUCUGAUAAAGUGCGCCAAUCCGAGACUUUCCAGCCUUACCUCCAGCAAGAGGACUAUGAGGCGCGUCAGAACUAUGCAGAAAUGUCGAACAUGCCAGGUGAUGCAGCCGGACCACCGGGAGGUUGGAAGCUGGCCGGGGAGACCAAAAUUGCCAAAUGGUACAUUUUCAUGGAAGACGAUUCAUACAUCUUCCUCCCCAAUCUCCUGCGUCAUCUAGAGAAUUUCGACCAUCAGAAGUCGUGGUAUCUAGGCAGCUUGGCCUGGAUCCACGGUGACUACUUUGCUCACGGUGGCUCUGGAUUCGCUCUUUCUCGAGGCGCAUGGGAGAAAAGUUUCGGCAAGGACCCAGAUAUCAUUGAGAAAUUUGAAGCUUUUACCGAAGCUCAUGGUUGCGGUGAUCAUAUCCUGGGCCAUGUAUUGCAUGAAUAUGGUAUACAAUUUGGCGAGACUGUCGAUGAAAGCCGCUUCAAAUAUGGAUUUAACCCAGAGGCACACUGGUCUACAUGGUUUGAGCCAGCGAACUGGUGCAAGCCUGUAUACAGCUGGCACCAUACGCAUGGACAGGAUGUAGCGAGGUUUUAUAAGUGGUGGGAUAACUGGUCCUCGAAAUAUGAAAUCAAAUCUAGUGUUGCGGCUGAGGCACAACCACCAAGCACAGUGGAGUCCGCAGAAGUUUGGCGCACUGCUUGGGAAUCUGUUGAUGCGUGUGAAGCUGCUUGUGUUUCUUGGGCAGAAUGCGUUCAGUGGUCUUUCUACGAGGAUCGGUGUAAGAUGGAUAGUAUGAUUCUCUUGGGGAACGGUAUUCCAGAGGGCGAUUCACGACGACAAACGAGUUUACCAUGGGUUAGUGGAUGGAUGCCACGACGAGUUGAGAAUUGGGGAUGCCAAAGCUGA